CCUGGGCUCCUACAGACUUGACACAGCUUCCUACAGUCUUGCAACAGCCCUGCUGCUCUGUCAUGGCCCAUGGGCAGUUCGUGAACAAACUGCAAGAGGAAGUGAUCUGUCCCAUCUGCCUGGACGUUCUGGAAAAACCUGUCACCAUCAACUGUGGGCACAAUUUCUGCCUCAAAUGCAUCACUCAGAGUGGGGAAGCAUCAUGCGAAUUUUUCAAAUGUCCUCUCUGCAAAACUUCUGUAAGGAAGAAUACAAUGAUGUCCAACUGACUGUUGGUGAAUCUGGUGGAGAAAAUCCAAGCUCUAGGUGCCUCUGAGGUGCAGUCCGAAAGGAAAAUGCCUACAUGCCCGAGGCACGAGGAGAUGUUCCAUUAUUUCUGUAAGGAUGAUGGGAAGUUCCUCUGUUUUGUGUGUCGUGAAUCCAAGGAUCACAAAUCUCAUAAUGCCAGCUUGAUCAAUGAAGCUGCCCAGAAUUAUCAGGGGCAGAGUCAAGCGCAGACCGAAGUCUUACAGCAAAAGGAGGAGACGGUACAAGCGAAGGCACAAGGCGAACAGAGCAUCCGUGUCUUCAGGAUAAGAAAAACUCCAUCCUCCCUGGCCCUCCCCAGGAGUGAAGGAUUUCAGUUUCUCAAGCCAACCCCUGUUCCUUUGGAGCUGGAGAGAAAACUCAGUGAAGCAAAAUCAAGAUACGACUCCAUCACAGAGAGCCUGAAACAAUGAAAAGAUCACCUGCAGGCUGAUAGGAAAAGAGAUGAAAACGGAUUCUUCAAAAGCAUAAAAAACGACAUGAAGAGCUGUAACCACCCGGGGGCCUCUUAUGCUGAGGUAUCUGAUUGCAGAGCCAGCUGUCAGAACACGAAGAGAUUUGACACUGAGGCUGUCCAAGGAGCUCCCUGUGGCACGGAGUGGCUGACAGCGAUCCUGGCCUGUUUUGUGAAGUUCCUUCAAGCCCCUGUAACACCGGAUGUAGCCUCAGCCCACUCAGGCUUCAUCCUUUCCCAGGAUUUAAAGACAGUGACACUGGACCUGGAAUCCCAGGGUGGUUUGUAG